AUGAGGUCUGAGAACCUCACAUCUAUCACUGAGUUCAUCCUGGUGGGACUCACCAGCCACCGAAGAUCUCAGAUCCUGCUCUUUGUCAUCCUCCUCCUCAUCUACACAAUUACAGUCCUGGAGAACCUGGGGAUCAUCUUGGUCAUCCGGGCUGACCCUCAUCUCCACACACCCAUGUACUUCUUCCUGAAGCAUUUUGCAGGCCUAGAAAUCUGCUAUGUCACCACCAGUAUGCCCCAGAUGAUGGCUCACCUCCAGGCUGGAAAUGGAAGAAUUUCUUUUAGAAAUUGCACAGCUCAGAUGUAUGUCAGCACGUGCCUGGGCACUGUUGAAUUCCUUCUGCUGGGUGUCAUGUCCUACGACCGCUAUUUGGCCAUCUGCUAUCCCCUGGAAUACUGUGUCACCAUGGACAGGGGACGGCAGUUGCAGCUGGCUUCAGCCUCCUGGGCUGGUGGCUUCUUCUCUGCUCUCGUAUAUGUGGGCUGCGUCCUCCGCCACCCCUAUUGUGGACCCAACCGCAUCAACCACUUCUACUGUGAGUUGCCUCUCGUGCUAAAACUGGCAUGUGGGGAUACCCAUAUCACGGAGGCCAUCAUUUUUGUGUUGGCAGGGAUACUCCUGGGAGGUCCACUUGCAGCUAUCCUGACCUCAUAUACGCGAAUACUUUCCACUGUGUUACAAAUGAAGUCAACUGCUGGAAGACGCAAGGCCUUCUCCACAUGUGGCUCCCACUUGCUGGUAGUUUCCUUGUACUAUGGUACUGUUGUUUCCAUGUUUCUGAGGCCCAGGUCAAGCUCAGCUUCUGAUGCAGACAAACAAGUUGCAGUCUUUUAUGUGUUGGUGACUCCACUUCUCAAUCCUAUCAUUUACACCUUGCGCAACAAGGACAUCCAUGCGGCAGUGGCCAAAAUAUUGCGAAGAUAA